CCCCCAGCAUCCUUCUUGUUUGUUCUUCCAGUAUAAUACCCAGUUGGGCCCCCCUUAUCACAUACUGGUUGACACUAACUUCAUCAACUUCUCCAUCAAGGCCAAGCUGGACCUAGUGCAGUCAAUGAUGGACUGUCUCUAUGCCAAGUGUGUUCCGUGCAUCACAGAUUGUGUGAUGGGUGAAAUUGAGAAGUUAGGACAGAAGUACCGUGUGGCCUUAAGAAUUGCCAAGGACCCUCGGUUUGAACGCUUGCCAUGUAUGCACAAAGGAACCUACGCAGAUGACUGCUUGGUACAGAGGGUCACUCAGCACAAAUGUUACAUCGUGGCCACAGUGGAUAAAGAGCUCAAGCGGAGAAUACGAAAAAUCCCCGGAGUGCCCAUAAUGUAUAUUUCCAGGCACAGAUACAAUAUUGAGAGGAUGCCAGAUGAUUACGGAGCUCCUCGGUUCUAACCUGUCCAGCCAAGCCAGGACUGAGCCAGGAUAACUGUCCUCAUGUUUCCAACCCUCCUGCUUUCCUUUUUGCUGGGACUCUGCUCAUAGCACUGCAGGUAACAUUGGACUGAGUUCAUAACCUUGAUCUUCUAAGAAAAAGCUGUUUGAAGAGUCUGUUUUUAUGAACCCUUGUUCUGACU